GUUGAUCAUCAUCUUCAGAGCAGCAGGUGAGGAGGUGCUGGAGCCCUGGCCAGGUGACCACACAUCAUCUCCAGGAGAAAGAAGGAGACUUGUGUGGAGGAAUCUCUGGGAAGCUUGGAGUCACCACCUGCCCAAGAAGAAGGUGCAUGGAUUCAGAGGUCUGCAGCUGAGUACUGGAGCCCUUGCUUGGAGAGUGGUCCUGGAUUUGGGGGGUUGGGGGGACAGGAUUGACCCUGUUUGAGGAGGAGGACAGGAGCCUCCGGAACUGUGAGCCAUGUUUCAACCAGCAGGGAAACGCUGCUUUACCAUUGAGUCUUUAGUGGCCAAGGACACCCACCUGACCUCAGAGGAACCUGUCAGACCCACAGCCCUGAGCUACCCCAGCUCCACAGCCGAAGCUUUUGUCAGUGGCUUCCCCAGUCCUGCUGGAAGGUCCCUGUACACUAACCCAGAACUGGUCUUCCCAGAGGCUGCUGUCACCCACCCACCACUAACUAUGCACCCACACCAGCUCCACCAGCACCCACACUCCUUCUAUGGAGCUCAGCACAGGGACCCCCUCAACUUCUACCCUUGGGUGCUCAGGAACAGGUUCUUCCCACACAGAUUUCAAGGCAGUGAUGUUUCUCAAGAGAGUUUACUCCUUCAUGGACCCUUCGCCAGGAAGCCUAAACGUAUCAGAACAGCGUUUUCCCCUUCGCAGUUGCUCCGGCUGGAGAGGGCCUUCGAGAAGAACCAUUAUGUGGUGGGAGCAGAGAGGAAACAGUUAGCAAGCAGCCUCAGCUUAUCAGAAACCCAGGUGAAGGUGUGGUUCCAGAACAGGAGAACCAAAUACAAGAGGCAGAAGCUGGAGGAGGAAGGUCCGGACUCCGAUCAGAAGAAGAAGGGCUCUCAUCACAUCAACAGAUGGAGAAUGGCCACCAAGCAGCCCAACGGAGAAGACAUUGAUGUCACGUCCAACGAUUAAAUGACAGGCCCCCGAGGCCACACAAGACUUUCACUGCAUCUCAUAGUGGAAUAAGGGACAUAUGAUAUAGACUGGGCGGUGAUGGGGUCUGGGUACAGAACUGCUGGGCCUGAUGAAGGUGCAGACGCCAUGUGCCCGUCAUAGACAGCGAUGCUGAAGGCCACACAUGGCUGUAGACACGGCUGGUUUCUCCAUAGACUUUUAUCAGCCAAUCCAAACCACGACCAUGGAUGGAAUGGGCUACAAGAAAUGAAGCAUCUCCCCUCGGCUUCUUUUAUCUGCCCCCUAAUUUUUUAAUUUAUUUUCUUUAUCUGAUAAAGGAAAGAACCUGUAGCUAUUACCAAUUUAGUGUGUAAAUGUGUGUUAAUAAAAAUAAUAUCACAACGUGG